AUUCUCACAUAUACAAAACACAAUGUCUCCGCUCUCCUCCACUGUUAAGUUAAACUCCGGCCACUUGAUGCCAUUGGUCGGUUUCGGCUGCUGGAAGGUCAACAAUAGUACCGCCGCUGACCAAAUCUACAACGCCAUCAAGACCGGUUACAGAGCCUUCGACGGUGCCCAGGACUACGGUAACGAGAAGGAAGUCGGUGAUGGUAUUAAGAGAGCCAUCGCCGACGGCUUAGUCAAGAGAGAGGAAUUGUUCAUCAUCUCCAAGUUGUGGAACAACUUCCACAAGCCAGCCAACGCCAAGAUUGCUUUGAAGAGAACCUUGUCUGACUUGCAGUUGGACUACGUUGAUUUGUUCUACAUCCACUUCCCAAUUGCCUUCAGCUUUGUGUCAUUGGAAGAGAAGUACCCACCAGGUUUCUACUGCGGCGACGGUGACAACUUCAAGUUCGAAAACGUUUCCUUGGCCGAAACCUGGGGCGCUUUGGAAUCCUUCGUCGACGAGGGUUUGGUCAAGUCCAUUGGUAUCUCCAACUUCAAUGGCGCCUUAGUCUACGACUUGUUGAGAACCGCUAGAAUCAGACCGGCUGCCUUGCAGAUCGAGCACCACCCGUACUUGGUCCAGGACCGCUUGGUUGAAUACGUUCAGUCUCAGGGCAUCCAGAUCGUCGGCUAUUCUUCCUUCGGCCCGCAAUCCUUCUUGGAAUUGGGCCAUGCCACCGCCAAGGACACCCCUACCUUGUUUGAGCACUCUACCAUCAAGUCCAUUGCCAACAAGCAUUCCAAAAGCACCGCGCAGGUUUUGUUGAGAUGGGCUACCCAGCGCAACAUUGCCGUCAUUCCAAAGUCCAACAACCCAGAAAGAUUGUUGGCCAACUUGACCGUUGAAGACUUUGAUUUGUCCAAAGAAGAAAUUGCCGCCAUUUCUGCCUUGGAUGCUAACAUUAGGUUCAAUAACCCAUGGGAUUGGAACAACGCCAAGAUUCCUAUCUUUGUCUAAGC